AUGUCUCGCGACAUUCUGAAGGCGGCCAAGUCCGCAUCCAAUGUGGUCGCUGUCCACAAGAAAUACACUGUCCAGUCCACCGGAGUGUGGGAACGCAUCCGCCGUAUCUUUGCCGUCGACCCCAACCGCUCGACCGGUGUCCCUCUGAACUCGCAGUUCCGCCUGCCGACCCCCGGUGCUCUCCCUCCGCUGUCGUACGAUGACCCGGUCACCAUCCCCGCCGGCGACAUUGCCGACAACCCGUACUGGAAGCGGGAUGUCCGCAGAAACUACCCCCGCCUUAGCACGGUGAACCAGGCGGACGCCGUCGGUCUCCUGACCGUGGGCAGCCAGGCCGCGCCCAAGGAGAACGUCCUGCAGGCUGGUGAGGCUGGCGAGAAGCAGCUUGUUUCAGUUAAGCAGGAGGGAGAGGAGCGUGGGCUGGCCGCCUUCUUUGAGAAAAACAAGACCGGCAUCCAGGGUGUGCUGGGUCCGAACGGCAUGCCGCCGUUGCCUUGCAACAUGAACUCCUCGGCGUCUAAAUACCAGUUGGAUGGAUCGCAUGGCUAUCCUGAGGUGUACCCCUGCCGCACUUUUGUUUAA